AUUUCCCUCACACACACACACACACACACUCACGAAAAUACACUCUCACGAAAAUACACUCUCAUUUCUCUCUCUAUAAAACUCUUUUUCUAUCUCUAGAAAAUGCACUCUCAUUACUGCGACUAUUGCUACUAUUAAAACUUGACUAAUAAAGUGUCUCGUAACAAAGAAAUAUGAGAAAAAGCAAAAGCAAUCAACAAACAACCACCUUUAGUUGCAGACUUUGCAGAGCUCCUCCUCCUAGAGAGAGAAAGCUCUAGAGAGAGAAAAUCGAACAAGAGCUCCAGCUCUAUCAAUCAAUACUGAAAACACUCUCUCUCUCCAUCUCUCUAUUCCUUUUUCAUUGUACAAUUCCAAACUCUCGGAGAGUAAAACUAGAAAGAGAAAGAGAACCGAGUUCAAGCUCAGCUAAAAGAGAACUACUCUACUUGGUGGAGCUCUAGAAAACCCUAAAUUCACAUUUCAGAGACCAGAUCAGGAUUUAUCUAUUCGGAUUCCUAUUAUUCACUGGUUGUUCCGCUGCAUGAAUUCUGUGUAAUGAUAUACAGUGAUCAGAGAUGGAAAGAGUUCCUGAGUCAAAGGCGCAUCCCAGGCAGUUGCCUGUUGUUCGUCAGGUGUCAAUUGCUCGCACAACUUCAGUAAGAGAAGAUGUAGGACGAUCAAUUGCACGGGAUUCUCAAGAUUCAGACUCACCUGCUCCCUUAAGAAGAUGGAAAAAAGAAUAUUUGCUGGAGCAGGAGGAACUUAUGCCCGAUGUUGCUACAUUAAAGGGCAGUGAUGAUUCUUUUGAGGAAGGUGGCCCUAGUUCUUUCUCUGGGGCUAGUCAUCCCCCAGAACCCAUCGAUUCAGAUCUAAUGAGACCAGUGUAUGUACCAAUUGGUCAAAAUAAGUCAGACGGUAAAUGCUUGGUGAAGAGCUUGUCAAUGAAGGGUCCUUUUCUAGAAGAUCUUUCAAUUCGGGUUCCUGGCAUCAAACCUAGCCCAUCUGUUCUUUCACCUGCAGAGAGCUUGGUCGAAGAACCAAAUGAAUUAGGGGCAGUCUCUUCUCCGUUUUCAGUUCCCCAACCAUCACAAAACACAGAAAACACCUUACUUCCUCCAGAUUCUGAGGAGAAGGAAUGUGUUUGGGAUGCUUCGUUACCUCCAAGUGGCAAUGUAAGUCCACACAGUAGCAUUGAUAGUACUGGUGUGGUAACAGCUAUGAGCAUUGUCAAUAGCUGCACCAGUACAUAUCGGAGUGAUGGGAUCAUGAGUGAUGGCAUGCUUAGUAUGGACAGGAAUUGUGAGAGUACAAAAGGGAGUGUUCGCGGGGAUUCUCUUGAGAGUGCAAAGACAAGUGCCAGCCGAGCAAGUGAUAGCAGUGGUCUUAGUGAUGACAGUAAUUGGAGUAAUAUUACAGGGAGUGCCAAUAAACCUCACAAAGGGAAUGAUCCUAGAUGGAAGGCUAUUCUUGCCAUCCGAGCACGGGAUGGCCUUUUGGGCAUGAGUCAUUUUAGGUUACUCAAACAGCUCGGUUGUGGUGACAUCGGCAGCGUGUAUCUCUCUGAGUUGAGUGGGACGCGCUGUUACUUUGCAAUGAAAGUGAUGGACAAGGCAUCCCUUGCAAGCAGGAAGAAGUUGACCAGGGCUCAGACAGAAAGAGAGAUUUUGCAGCUGCUGGACCAUCCAUUCUUGCCGACUUUGUACACCCAUUUUGAGACAGAUAGAUUCUCAUGUUUAGUCAUGGAAUAUUGUCCAGGAGGGGAUCUGCAUACCCUGAGGCAACGGCAACCUGGGAAACAUUUUUCAGAGUAUGCUGCACGGUUUUAUGCUGCAGAGGUUUUGUUGGCAUUGGAGUAUCUCCAUAUGCUUGGAGUUGUGUAUAGGGACCUGAAACCAGAAAAUGUUCUGGUACGUGACGAUGGCCACAUAAUGCUAUCUGACUUUGACCUUUCCCUACGAUGUGCAGUUUCACCCACCCUCAUCAAAACCUCCUCAUUUGACUAUGACCCCUCCAAACGAGGAAGCGGAGGUGCAUUCUGUGUCCAGCCUGCCUGUAUUGAACCCUCAUCAGUAUGCAUCCAGCCAGCAUGCUUCAUUCCCCGAAUCUUUCCUCAAAAGAACAAGAAAAAAUCCCGAAAACCUCGAGCUGAGCCUGGGCUGCCUGCCAAUAUGCUGCCUGAGCUAGUUGCAGAGCCUACUUCUGCCCGUUCCAUGUCCUUUGUUGGAACCCAUGAAUACUUAGCCCCUGAAAUCAUAAAGGGUGAAGGCCAUGGCAGUGCCGUUGAUUGGUGGACAUUUGGCAUCUUCUUGCAUGAACUGCUAUAUGGUAAAACCCCAUUCAAGGGUUCAGGGAACCGUGCUACACUGUUUAAUGUGGUAGGGCAGCAGCUCAGAUUCCCUGACUCACCAGCGACCAGUUAUGCCAGCCGGGAUCUGAUCCGGGGCUUGCUUGUGAAGGAGCCCCAGCACCGGCUUGGAGUUAAGAGGGGUGCAACUGAGAUCAAGCAGCACCCCUUCUUUGAAGGUGUAAACUGGGCUCUGAUACGUUGCAGUACACCACCAGAGGUACCAAGACUAGUGGAAGCUGAGCUUCCGGCAAAGUACGGGACAGUGGACGCAGUUGGGGUUGGCAACAACAGUAAAAGGAUCAUGGGAACAGACAUGAAGUCUGGGGGUAAAUAUCUGGACUUUGAGUUCUUUUAAUGUUAGAUUAUAGGCUUCUUGUACUUCUAUUGUAUUAGUAUCAUUAGUUAAUCCCAUAGGAGCUGGACUGCAUUACCGUGUUUUUGCUAAUGCUUUUCAACCCCACUACCUCAUAAAGUAAAAAAUUGGUUUUAGUUGGAAAUUUAUUACCUUAGAAUUCUCAGUUCCUGAUGGGUUCUGAUUAUGGGUUUGACAAAAGAAUCGAAAUGGAUAAAUCCUAAACGGUUUGUUAUGUAGAAAACUCAAGUUAUUCUUUUGCUAGAGGUAGUGUUAUCAAAUGAAAUUACAAAGAGUUUUGUGUCUUUAUCCAGUGUUAUCACAUUCUUCUGAAAUUAAUUUGAUCA